AUGUUCAAAGAGAUUAAGCAGGAAUUGGCCUAGAAGUAUAAGCAAUUAGAGCUAGAUCAAAUUGAGAUAAUGCAAAAACUCCAAGCCUACAAGGAAACUGCACAAAACAAGUAAUAUGUUGAUAACACAUCAUUAUUGAUUGAUGAUAUACAAAACUCAUCUCUUCUCUUACUUUCAAAUACAUAAAGGGAUGUAACAGAUAAAACAAUUUCUGAAUUAAAAAAAGCAUUAGAAGAAUCUGAAAGAGAUAGGGAGAAUAAAAUUGAAUAAAUUAACGAAUUAAAAAAAUUAAAUUAAAAAUUAUACGAGGAGUUAAAUGGUGCUAAAAACAAUGUUAUCAAGUCAAAUAAACUUUUAAAUGAAAUCACAAUAUAAAAAGAAGAAUUAAUGAAUUAGAUAAAUAUGAUGAAAAAGCAUAAAUCAGUCGAUUCGUCUUUUUAUUAGACUUCUAUUACGGAUAUUACGAAUCAAGAUAUUUCAAUUCAGAUGAAUCGAAAAAAGUCAAUGUCACAAUAUGAAACCACUGAUUAGAAACAAUUAAAAUAGUAUAAAAAGUUUACAGAAAGUGUUAAAGACAUGAUAAUAAAAUUAUAACCAAAAUUAUAUGAUAAUUAGAAUGUGUCACUGUAAGAUGCUUGGAAAUGGCUGAAGAUUAUUAUCAAUGACUAUGUUCAAAUUGCUAAUACUAUAAAACAAUUAAAAUCAAUUCUUAAUGUGGAAUAGCCUUACAUAGUUUUGGAGGUUCAAUAAUUAAUCAACAUGAUUGUUUAUAAAUAAUGA